AUGAAAGAAUGCGGUUACUGUGUAGAAAAUAAGAAUAGGAAAGAGAAAUAUGUCGAAGAAUUAGAUAAAGAGAAAAUAAGAGAAUGUUUGAAGGCUUUAGAAAGAGAAAAAAUUGCAAACGGAAUGACGAGUACAAAAGCCGAUGAAAUGGCUUUGAGAGAAAUGCAGAAAGAACAGAUGAAAGAAAAGAAGAGAAUAAGACAGAGUCAAGAAGAUGUUGAUAUGAUGUGGCAUGAAUUACUUCUAGAAGAUAUUAGGAUAAAGGAGGAACAAGAACGACUAAGAAUUGAAAAGAACAAACAAGAAAUGCUCGAACGUAGAUUAGCUUAUGACGAACAGAUAAGUAGCGCGAAUAGAAAGAGAAGAGAAGUGAUGCAGAGUGAGAGAGAAAUAGAAAAUAGAAGAUUGGAGAAGAUGAAGUAUAGAAUGGAACAGGAAUAUUAUGAAGCCAUCACAAGGAAAAAGAAUCAGCAAAUGAAAAACAAAAUGAAUUACAUCGAAGGAUUCAAUAUGAAAAUGAACAGAAUGAUGAAUGAUAAAAAUAUAGAAGGACAAGUUGAUAAUAGAAUUAUAAACACAGCUAUAGAAGAAUUAAGGAAAGAAAGAGAACAGAAGAUAGCUCGGAUGAAAUGUUUAAAAAUGGAGAAAAAAUUAUUCAUAGAUAAUCAUUUACGCGAGAGAAAAUUAGCUGAAAAUUUGGAAAAAGAAACGGAAAGAAUAGCGCUUAUGUUGAAACAAGAGAAAGAGAGGGAAGCAGAUGACGUCACCAAGAAUAUAGAAGUUUCGAGAAGUAAUAAUAAAAUAAAAGCUUCGCACGAAUACCAGAACUUUCUAGAUGAUUUGAAUAUAGAAAGAGAGAGACAGAGAAAAGAAAGGAUGGAAAUAAUGGCGAGAGUGAAAGAGACAGCACAUAACGAGUUAACAAAGAAAUUGGAAGAAAGCAAACAAGAAUUGAACAAUCAAAUAAAAUACAGGCAAUCAUUGACGAAACAGAUACAAGAUAAUCAAAUUAUAAUGAAACUGGAAAAUAAAGAAAUAAAUGACAAAGACAAACCGUUCACGAAAAAAACCAUCACUUUCAAAGACGCUAUGAAAGAUAUGGCAAAGUUUGGAACUAACAGUGAAAAUCCAGUUCAUCCGUUCAGAAAGAUGAUUCAAGCAAAACCAGACACCCCAUCGUCUUUACCGCUAAUUAGAAAGAUCAACUAA